AUGAGAGGCCUUGUCUCCGCCUUUAACCUCUUUGCUACCGGCAUUGCCUACAUCGUCAACUUGGCUGCCUCAGCCGCUAUUGUCGACCCGCAUCUUGUCUGGGAUUUUGGAGCGCCGGCUAUCCUCGGAGCUAUCGUUACCGUGUUCUUUUACUUUAACUUCCGUCACAUUGACAAGGAAGAAUACGUGCUUUCGACGAACCAAAUUGGCGAACAUGAGCCAAUUGAAGGCAUUGGAGCUGGGAACAGCAAAGACAAUGUUCAAUCCAAGGUGUGA